CCGACGUGCUGAAGAACCUCGUGCAUGCCACUUACUGGGACAACGUGGCGCAGGAGGAGAAGCCACUCAGUACGAAGAUGCCUGGGACACUCAUCGACAUGACGCCCUCUGGUAGCCAGCAGAGCCAGCCCGGGAGUCAGGAUCUGUCUGCUCAUGGCUCGACCUCGUUCCAUGGGGAGCCGUCUGUCGAGGAGCCUCGGCGUGUGGGCCGCCCUCUCCAACGUUCCAUGAGCGUGCAAGAGCGCGAGUCGUUCAUCGCCAGCGUCGCGCAUAAUAGCCGGGCGCAGUGCUACCUGGUUGACAAGAACGACGUAGAGAGGGUGAAGGAGCAGGCGCCCAGACAUCGCCUGCACACGCGAAUCCUCGGUCUGCAGAAGAGUAAUGAUGUCUGCGUAUUCAUGGGGCACGACGAGCAGGCCGUUGAGCUGCUAUACCAGCAAACGAAGCGCACUGGCAAAAUCAGCGCUGUGGCUGGUGGCGCAAUGGCGGGGGCGAUCACUACGUUCGCCACGUUGGCGUACUCUUGAUUGGUGGACUCUAUUAGCUGGACUAAUCCCUACCUGGCUUCUGUUACCGUCCAUAUCUUACGCACACUCCCUCUUUCUUCGAUGACUCGACAUUGUAGCCUGGAGCAUUAGAUGGACACGACCGAUAUACUAGCAUGCACUCUUUACCCAAUCACUGCCUCAAAAGCUCCUCCAACAUCGCCUUCGCCUCCUUCGCGUCCGCCCUGCCCUUGCUCUCCCUCAUCACCCACCCCAGUAUCUUAUUUAUCACAUUCACCUUCCCCGCGCGAUACUUCGCCACCUCCGCCGGCUGCGCCGCGAGAGCCCGGGCGCAGAGGUCCUUUAACCCGUCUCCCCCGCCACCGCUAUUGUCUUGCCCGACCACAAACCCCUGUGCCUCCGCGAGCUCCAGGGGCGGGGCCUCCGGAUUGGCAAGCAUGUGGCGCAGGAGGUGCUUGCCGGACG